AUGGGACAUGCAGGGAGCAGUUGCUGUGCUAAAGAUGAGAAGCCAGCCUCUGUCGAAGACAUUCAAGCUGGUUUCAAUGGACCUUCAGUUGUUGCUACGACUCAAACUCCUGUAAUCUCAAGUGCGGGGGUCAGUUGCGUCAGCCUGAGCAGUGUGGACAGUCCCGGUCCAGGCAUCGAUCUUACAUGCACUGGCAGCUCCCUGAGUUUGCUGCGAGGCACAUUUCUUCGUAAGACCCUACAAGGGGCAGGCAGCGCUUGGCGCAAACCGACAGAUCUGACAGAUGAGCAGCUCGCCGACAAUUUCGCGCUUUCCGACCCGGUUCCAAACCUUGACAUUUUCUUGUCGCAUACCUGGUUGACGCCUGGAAUGUGGAAGGUCCUGUCACUUCUCGUGCGCUAUGGCUGGCCCUCCAUGUUGGUUGCAUGGGCAACCGGCACAGCACUGUCAUGCGUUUGUACCUUGCUCGGUGUGUUGCCACCGUUGUAUGAAUGGGAUUUCUGGGGGAUCAGAUUUCGCGAAAUGAUUUCCAUGGGUGUCUGGGCUACCAUGGCAGGUGCAUUCUCGUCAACUGGAGGAUUGUUGCUGUUCCCUUAUAUGUGCGGCAAGGACCGCAGAUGCUUCCUGGAUUGCAUCUGCAUCGAUCAGACGGACAAGGCCAGGAUGCAAGAGGGAAUCCGAAACAUCGGGGGCUUUCUCCAGGCAGCUGAGGAGUUACAUGUUUUGUGGAGUGAGCCGUACCUGACGAGGUUGUGGUGUGUGUUCGAGCUUGCAGCCUACCACAAACUCAACCCGUCCGGAAGGAUCACCAUCGCACCCGUCUUCGUGGAAGCCAUUGUGUGCUUGCUUUUCGUGUACCUACAAAUUGCAUCCUGGUUUUUCAUGGCUCUCAGGACAAGUGCCAUCGGUCGCACCUUGUGGAUAUACACGGUGUUAGCUUGCUUCGCCGUCUCCUUCUUUCCGUUAGUGCACGCAUUGCGACAUAUCUGUCUGUACAAGAAAGUUCUGCUAUCCAACUUGGGCAACUUUAGCUUUGAGACUGUGGCUUGCGCCGACGAGUCCGACAGAGUCAUCAUCCGGGAAGCUGUAGUGCGAUGGUAUGGCAGCGUGGAAGCUUUUUCGGAGUUUGUCCGAGGCCCCUUUCGGAAGGUGGUACAUGACUCGGUCAAGACUCCGGGAGGUAUGCCCUUCGGAUAUGUUCUUGUGCUGGCAACGCCCAUCUUAAAUACUGCUUUGGACACCUGGCUCGCCCUCUUGCUGGCAGAGCCCCCCGCUGAAACAGUUUGGACCUUUUCUUGCGCAGUCAUCCUAGCGCUGGACUUGGCGUUCUACCCUGCUGUAAUUGGUUUUGGGCUUUAUGCCUGCGACCGAUGGGCAAGAGAGUGGUCAUGCAGCCUUUCAGCAGUGUUGCAGAGUAUCGGAAUCGGUCUCACGAUUUGGCUGCUUUUUGCGCUUGGUACUGUAACCGCAUCUUGGGCUUAUCGGGGCGCGUUGCCAUAUCCUGCGUCUUUGCUGCUGUGGACUGGUGCGGCUUUCCUUUUAUCCUUCCUCGUGUGGAGGCAACUUGUGUGUGUUUAG